UGAACUCGGGGACUCAUUCUGUGGUGUUUUUGCAGCUUUAACCGUUUUAAUUCCUCUCGAAUCCUGAGAAGUAGGCCUACAUUUCAUCCAGCGCUCGCCCCAGAGUUGUCGUCCUCGCGCCUCCAUGUAUAAAAUGGAUUACUCCUACCUGAACUCCUAUGACUCGUGCAUGGCGGCCAUGGAGGCAUCGGCCUACGCGGACUUCAGCUCGUGCAGCCAGGCCAGCUCGUUCCAGUACAACCCGAUCCGGACUGGGUUCGGUGCCAACCCGGGCUGCGCGCCCCUCAGCACCGCGAGCUGCACACUGGGGUCCCUUCGCGAGCACCAGACAACACCCUACUCCACAGGUAAGAGCGCGCAGAUGGCAUGGGAGAGGGUAUAGUGGGGCAUGAGCGGGAAAUUUGGCACGCAGGAGUUGCUCACGGCAGUGUUUAAUCUCCAGCUGCAAAUGUCUUGGGAUGUUGGCUAUAGUUAAAGCGUCUGGUUUAAUUUGAAAUACGUGCGGUAAAAUGUCAUUUUUGUUAUUUGAUUAUACCAAACUAGGCUAAUCGAAGAAGGUAAGACAUUUAAUUUGAUUAAUGAAAACCCAAUCAAUCGAAAUUAUAAAUAUUAUCAUACCUCUUAAUUUGAGGGUCGCUCAAAUCUAACCUCUCGUUUUAUGUUCGUUGUCAUGGGGAUAAUUCAAUCAGUGUAAAAUUCGUUAGAUGGCAAAUAUAUCUGUAUUAUCAACUAAUCAAAUUUGUAAUUUGUUUAGUCAAUUUAAUAGAAAUUGGUCUAUCCUAAAAUCUACCUUUUACUUUAACCAUCAUAAUUCGUUUUGUGGUCACGAUUCGACUGCGCAAUUCAAAUGUUUGUUUUUUGCUACCUUGCCAUACAUUUCCGUUUUUAUGAUUCAUGUCAUUAUGGUGAAAUAUGCAAAUGAGAUUAUUUAUUUGUUUAACAUUUUGCAGGAUGAAAUCUAUUGAGAUGCACAACCUCGUUUUCAAGUGUACAAAAAAAAAAAAAAAAACAACAAACAAUAGCCCACUUAGUAACAAGAAUAAUAUGGCAACAACUGUCUUAUAAUAGCAAUGAAAUAAUAAUAAUAUCCUAAUAAUACAAAAACGUACAUUAACAGCAUCAACAAGUUUUACAACUACCAAUAGGCCUACAACUAACACAAACUUUUUUUUCAACAAAUGGUUGAAUAGCGCAGGCUAUGCCACCUCAUUAGAAAAGCGUACACUUGCUGCUGCGCCUAAAACGUGAUUAUUUCACUGCUUAUAUCCAGAUAAUAAUAAUAAUAAUAAUAAUAAUAAUAAUAAUAAUAUGCCAUUUAGCAGACGCUUUUAUCCAAAGCGACUUACAGUCAUGUGUGCAUACAUUUUUACAUAUGAUCAUGUGAAUUCCCUCUAACUUUUUGUAUAAGCUAAUGUUUUUAAAAAAUAUGCUUUUAUUGCAGUUCUAACGAAGGCACACUGACAGACCGUCCCGUGCAUUAUACACGCCCUCUCUCUUUCUGGGAAAAAACGGUGAUUUCGCCUAUUACAAAAUAUCUGUAUCUGAUUAUAAGGCUGUAUGACACGUUUAAUAAAAAAAUAGUUUGAAUGAAACUGGCAGGUGGUUAGUCUAUCACAACAUUUUAUUCAAUGCCCUUGUUGAUAGCCUAUCAAAUUCUGUUAUUCCAUGUUUAGCUUAGGCAAAUUUGAUCAAAUGACAAAUUAUUUAGGUUAGUUCAUGGUAUAAUUACAACGAGCUAAUUGCAUAAAUAUAGUCAUAUAUUUUGUACGAUAAUGGACUACUUUCCUGUCAUUGCCAUAGACUAAAGCAAAAGAGAAACAUCAAUAAAAAAUUACUCAGAAUAAUAAAUUAUAUAAAUAUAGGAACCACGAUAUUUCACCUAGGCCUACUGGUAGGCUAUAUACCGUUAGUUGGAUUGAUCAAGUAAAUUAAAACGAGUAUUAUGUCCUGGAAAAAAAUAAAAAAAUCUGCGUCAAGUUAUAGCCUGUAGCCUACGGGGUCAGACAAAAACAACUCCAUAACACAGCCUAUAGAAAAACGUCUACAAUAAAACAGAGCAUCACUAAUUGGUUUUAUUGUGAUUGGUUGACUCCGCAGUUCCAUAUAAGUUCUUCUCGGACCCUUCCGGUUUAAACGAGAAGCGGAAACAGCGGCGCAUAAGGACCACCUUCACGAGCUCACAGCUGAAGGAGCUGGAGCGCGUGUUCGCGGAGACCCACUACCCCGACAUCUACACGCGCGAGGAGCUUGCGCUCAAGAUCGACCUUACUGAGGCGCGGGUGCAGGUGAGUCCAGUGGUCUGAUGAAAAACACGAAUUCACAAUAGAUAAAAAAUUUUCAUGCAUGUAUGGGCCUACACCAUCAUGUAUUUUUUUUUGAGAUGCAGUCAGUUAUUGUAAAAAUUAUUGCAAUCUACCAAAUUGUAAUCUAUACAUCCUUCAUUAGUUUAUUUUAGAGAUAGUAUGCAUUAUUAUGAGUAUUUCUAUAUGUAUUUAUUUUGUUGCCUUUUUCCUCUGGUUGUAUGUUUAGACGUUAGAAUGAGACUAAACUAUAUUGUCUGUCUGUAUCAGGUGUGGUUCCAGAACCGGCGGGCUAAAUUCCGUAAGGUGGAGCGUGCAGCCAACUCUAAAUCCGGUAAUGGGACCGGGGGCUCAGGAGGGAAUAACGGCAGUACCGGGGGGAAAAAGGGCGAGCCGAGAUCUUCCUCAGAUGAUGACGAAUCAAAAGAGUCCACCUGCAGUCCCACCCCUGACAGCACCGCCUCGCUGCCUGGCUCAGCCAAUGGGAACAUGGGUAGCCCUGCCAGCCUCAGCCUCAGCCCCAGCCCCGCCCCUGCUAACGCCGGCUACGCUAACACCUCCAGCUCCCCUGUUCUGCAGGGGCUCAAACCCCCUGGCUGGCCCAGCCUAGGCCCCGCUAACCCAGGAAUGGCCCAACCCGCAGCCCAGGCUCCAGAGCUGCUGAAGGCGUGGCAGCCUGCAGACAGUAUGACAGGGCCUUUCGCUGGCGUUCUCUCCUCCUUCCACCGGAAACCCAAUGCUCUCAAGACUAACCUGUACUAGAGACACGGAGCAGAGAUCUCUAGUAUAACUACUGUAUAUCUAUACUCUCCUUCCCCCUCUAUCUACUGCCCCCUUUAAUUUAUUACCCCCCGGACUCUCUAAGUGGCAGUUGUAGUUUGUGAAUGUGUGCGUGUGAGUAUUUGUGUUGAAGUGUGUGUAACAUGCAUCUCAUACGGGGGUGUGUGUGUGUCAGUUGUUCUGUAUGUUCUCACUCCAA